CUGCUGCAUUUCAUGAAUACCCUCCCGUUCCAGGUGAACGGCCAAAGUUUUAGGUUUGAUCAAUCCCACGGCACAAACACUGGCUACAAGCUUAUAUUCUGGUCCUGGAAAAACGGCACCCUUACGUAUCUGCCUGUAGGCGACUACGAAGAGUCCUUGAACAUCAAUAAGUCCCAGAUUCAGUUCCACACUGCAGAUCAAAAGGAGCCUACAUCAGAAUGCUUCAGCCAUUGUAAGCCAGGACAAUUCAGACAAAUAAAAGGAUUCCACCUCUGCUGCUACGACUGUACAGAUUGUCCAGAAAACACCUUCUGGAGCCCUAAAGACAGCUCCACCUGCACGCCCUGCCUGGAGCACCAGUGGUCCCCCGUCCGCAGCGCACGCUGUUACGACCGCAGCGAGAGAUACCUCUUCUGGAACGAGCCGCUCGCCCUCGCCUUGCUAACGCUGAUGGCCCUCACCGUAUCCCUGGCUUGUCUGGCAGCAGUGCUCUUUCUCAAGCACCUGGAGACCCCCCUCGUGCAGGCUUCCGGGGGCAAACUGAACCUCUUCGCCUUGUCCGCGCUCGUGCUGCUGGGUCUCAGCUGCUGCCUCUAUAUAGGGAAGCCCAGUCACAACCUUUGUAGGAUCCAGCAGGUUGUCUACGCCCUGUGCCUCAAUGGUUGCUUCUCUCCCUUCUUCCUCAAGUCCCUCGAGAUCACCCUUGUGACAGAGUUCCCUGGCUGUGCCCCUACCUUCUUGUACUGGGUGACGCAGAGGAGGGCCUGGCUCCUGGUCGCCUUGUGCCUCCUCACCGAGUGCCUGUUCUGUUUCUGCUAUCUCCACUUGGGCCCGGACUAUCUGGCACCUGAUUACAAGUCGCUGCCCACUGAAGUUCUGCUCGUGUGUAACACCAAGUCCUGGUUUGCCUUUGCCCUGAUGCACGGCUACAACGGCUGCUUGGCCCUGGUCUGCUUCCUCUGCACGUUCAUGGUCCAGACUUCUGGCAAGAAGUACAAUAUUGCCCGGGGGAUCACAUUUGCCACCCUCGUCUAUUUAAUCAUCUGCAUCUUCUUCGUUGCCAUUUUUGCCACGCUGAAGACAGUCCUCAGGUCUGUUACUCAGAUCGGUACCAUUUUGGCAACCAGUCUGGGUAUCUUGGGGACCUACUAUAUCCCUAAAUGCUACAUCAUCUUGCUUAAGCCUGAUCUGAACACAGUGGAUUAUUUCCAGAACUCCAUCAAAGAGGAGCCAGGGGAGGACUCGAUAAACAGACAAUAA